CCAUCCUGUAAACAGGCUGAGUAACCGGGUGGAGAGAGAGAGAGAGGGGAGACAUUGGAGAGAGAGAGGGCUGAGGGGCUUUUUCCCUCUUCCUCCAGCAUUUCCAGCCCUUCUCUGGCAGACCCUGCCGUCCGUUUAUUUCCUUUUCGUUUUGUUUUUGUUGCUUUUUGAAGGAGAGUUGUCUCGUUCUGCCACCUCCAGAGCAGGGAAGAGUUUCUUGCUCAGAAGCCUGAAUACAAUGAAUUCUGACUCCAGCUCUGUCUCCAGCAGAGCUUCCUCGCCAGACAUGGAUGAGAUGUACCUGAGAGACCAUCACCACCACCACCACCAUCACCACCACCAAGACAGUCGGCUCAACUCGGUCUCCUCCACUCAGAACGAUCUGGUGCAGAAGAUGUCUGGGGAAGGCCUCACCAGGAACGGUUCCAAGGCCGGAGGGGAAGGCAGCAAGUACAAAAUCAAGAAGCAGCUUUCGGAGCAGGACCUGCAGCAGCUGCGGCUGAAGAUCAAUGGCCGGGAGCGUAAGAGGAUGCACGACCUCAACCUGGCUAUGGACGGGCUGCGGGAGGUGAUGCCCUACGCCCACGGACCUUCUGUGAGAAAACUCUCCAAAAUCGCCACCCUCCUGCUAGCCAGAAACUAUAUCCUGAUGCUCACCAGCUCCCUGGAGGAGAUGAAGAGGCUAGUUGGGGAAAUCUACGGGGGACACCACUCGGCCUUUCACUGCGGCACGGUGGGACACUCGGCCGGGCACCCGCCCCACGCCGCCGGCACCGUGCACCAGGUGCAUCCCAUCCUCGGCGGUGCCCUGUCCUCCGCCAACACCUCCUCCUCCCUCUCCGCCUCCCUGCCGGCCAUCGGCACCAUCCGGCCUCCACACUCCCUGCUCAAGACCCCCUCGACACCCCCCGCCCUGCAGCUCGGCAGCGGCUUCCAGCACUGGGCUGGCUUGCCGUGCCCCUGCACCAUCUGCCAGAUGCCUCCCCCGCCCCACCUCUCGGCCCUCACCGCCUCCAACAUGGCCAGGAUCUCGGGGGAGACCAAGGACCUCCUCAAGUGACUCGGCGGGGCUCCCCCGGCCGCUCCCACGGACGGAGAGGGGGCUGCGGCCGGAGCUGCCCCCGCCGCCCCCGCCCGCCGGGCCCCUGUAACACGGGAUUAGUGUAGUAAGGACCUUGCAAAGGUAAUGUUCCACCGGCUCCCCGGGCCAUGUUUUCUUAUUAAACUAAACUGGAAAAAAAAGUCCCUGUUGUAAAAAGAAUGAUGAUGAUAAUAAUAAUAAUAAUAAUGAUAAUAAUAAUAAUAAUAAUGCCGCUGAUGGUAAUCAAAUGUAAAUGGUUCCUUAAAAUGUAUGUAAAAGGAAAAAAAAAAGACAUGGUUGUCAUUGUAGUGUUCGCAGCUACCAAGAGACGAUGAAAUCGG